CAUAAAAGGAGAUCUAUCACAAAACACGGAGAUAUUAAGGCAAUUCUAACAGGCUGUCUGUGAUUAUUGCAGUCUGACCAAAGACAUGACAGGGAAGGAGGAUGUUUACCGUGGGCCGGCCAUCCGAGCGCUGUGCAGGAUCACUGACGGAACAAUGUUGCAGGCCAUAGAGAGAUACAUGAAACAAGCCAUCGUGGACAAAGUCCCCAGUGUGUCCAGUUCUGCUCUGGUGUCUUCCCUGCACAUGAUGAAGAUCAGCUACGACGUGGUCAAACGGUGGAUCAACGAAGCCCAGGAAGCAGCUUCCAGUGACAACAUCAUGGUGCAGUACCACGCCCUGGGGGUGCUCUACCACCUGAGGAGGAACGACCGGCUCGCCGUGUCCAAAAUGCUCAACAAAUUCACCAAGUCCGGCCUCAAAUCCCAGUUUGCCUACUGCAUGCUCAUCAGGAUCGCCAGCAAGCUCCUCAGGGAGUCCGAGGAGGGCCACGAGAGUCCCCUGUUCGACUUCAUCGAGAGCUGCCUGAGGAACAAGCACGAGAUGGUGAUUUAUGAAGCCGCCUCUGCCAUCAUCCACCUCCCCAACUGCACUGCCAGGGAGCUGGCACCCGCCGUGUCAGUGUUGCAGCUUUUCUGUAGUUCCUCCAAGCCCGUCCUGAGGUACGCGGCCGUUCGCACCCUGAACAAAGUGGCCAUGAAACACCCCUCUGCAGUCACUGCCUGCAACCUGGACCUGGAGAACCUGAUCACCGACUCCAACCGCAGCAUCGCCACCUUGGCCAUCACCACGCUGCUCAAGACGGGCAGCGAGAGCAGCGUGGACAGGCUCAUGAAGCAGAUCUCCUCCUUCGUGUCAGAGAUCUCAGAUGAGUUUAAGGUGGUGGUGGUGCAGGCCAUCAGUGCCCUGUGCCAGAAGUACCCUCGGAAGCACAGCGUCAUGAUGACCUUCCUGUCCAACAUGCUCAGGGAUGAUGGAGGCUUCGAGUACAAGAGGGCCAUCGUGGACUGCAUCAUCAGCAUCAUCGAGGAGAACCCCGAGAGCAAGGAGGCCGGGCUGGCCCACCUGUGCGAGUUCAUCGAGGACUGCGAGCACACCGUGCUGGCCACCAAGAUCCUGCACCUGCUGGGCAAGGAAGGGCCCCGCACGCCGGCCCCCUCCAAGUACAUCCGCUUCAUCUUCAACAGGGUGGUGCUGGAGAACGAGGCCGUCAGGGCUGGUGAGCGUCCACCCCAAAGGAUUGGGAAUUCCCGCCUGGAAUUUGGGGGCUGGGAAUGUGGGAGGGUGAUGGUUCUCGGCCUUGUCUCGGCGCGAGGCCACUCCUGGUUUAUGGAGGUUUUUUAA